UGGAUCCGUUUCUGUCAUGGUGCGCAAUAUUGGCCACGUAACUGCACAAUACACGCUUGGUGUGGGGAACUGUUCGGGAAAUGUUUUCCCCAUUAUGGCCCAGACCCUGAGUUUGAGACCACGAGGGACAUUGAUACGCAGUUUUGAUCUGAAUAUCCAAGACGUGGCGGAAGAGAGAAUUGUGCAAUGCGACGUAACUUUACGAGACGCGAAAGGUGCUAUCACGGACAAGAAGAUUGUGAAGUUUCGAGUGACAAGUAAAGUAUUAACAAAUGAUACACAGGGCGGCAAUGCACCAACUGGAGGUGGUGCCAGCGUGGAUGGUCAAGCCCCUCCAGCUUGCUCGCGUUGUGAGUGGUACAAGAUUUCCUGUUUCCUGAUUCAUGGCUGUUGGUGGCAGCCACUGGUGUAUGUUUCGAUUGCCAUCGCUAUACUGCUGGGGAUAUAUUAUUUUUUCGGACUCUCCUCGCGCAGCAGUGAACCCAAAUUACACGUGAUUCACUGA